AUGGAUUUGAAUCAUGUAAAAUACAGAGGCUGGUUUGUUCUGCCGCUCCUUCUGCCGUUCCUUUUGCCAUUCCUUCUGUGGGGAUUGAUCCUUCUGGAUGGUGGGCCGGAGCGCAGUGAUGCAGUGUUGGGAGAGAAGAAGGGGCAGGAAGGAGAGACCUGGGGUGGAAGCAUCAUCCCCCUGGAAGUAGUCCCCAGGAAUGGAAGCAUCAUCACGCUGGGGGGGUUGCUCUCAGGUGGAAUAAAUUUGGGUGUAACCAAGGAGGGAGACGCUAGGGGGAAAAAGGACAGCCCUGGCAAGCAGGAUGAUCAAAUAAAUAAUAGCGUUAGCCAAAGGGGUGGAAGAAGUAGCGGUGGAGAAGCAUUCCCCAGGAGGGUGUACCUCCCCAGGAGGGAGUACCUCCCCUGUGGGAACGACAACGGAUGGGAAGAAAUCCAUAGUGAGGACGAGCCUGUGAACAGCUGGGAUGGUCUCCCUGAUGAGGUUAGCCACUCCAUACAAAACUGGGUAAGCGUGAAAUAUGCUUAUUUGAAAGAGGAUGCAUAUCGAGGGGGGUUGAUUUGGGAUCGCAGUGAAGUCUUCUACCAUGGAGGGAUCCCCAAAGGGGUAACAAAUCCAUCUCGGGUAUACGAAGAGGGGUCGAUUAAGUGGAGUGGGAAGAAGGAAAGGGGAGAAUCACAUUCACUGAGGGUUAGUCCCUCUAACAGCUGCUUUGGUAUGUGCCCCAAUAAGUACAGCAUGACGAGGCGAAUGCUCGCAUCUGCCAAGGAGGACCAUCUAGAAUCACCAAGCAAUGGUACAUCUAACACAGAUGAUCCCUUCAAAGGAAGUGUGUUAAAUUUGCAUUUUACGGAGAACAAAAAUUUGUUUACUAAUGUAAAGGUAGGAGGACAAGCAUUAAAGCUGGCACUGAACAGUAGGGUGGAGGGCAUAUAUGUAUUUAUGAAGAACUCCCAAGCGUGCUACGUAGGUGAGGAGGAGGAUAAGAAUCGGAUCUGUUACGACCCUAACACGUCUAGGAAUUCUACCUGGUGCAAUAACGACCUUCUUUGUCUGCCGCCCAUCCUGUCCAAGCCGUACGAGUGCUUCAGUGACAGCAAUUUGCUGCUGGAGAACAAGGCGGAGUAUCCCAGCAUGUACUACGACUCGCUGAAGUUUACGGAGAGCCACGUGGAGGGGUCGGACGACGUGGAGAUGGUCGAUUUGGCAGUGGCGAAGGAAGCGGGGAAAGCGGGGAAAGCGGCGGGUGAAGCAGGAGAAGCAGGAGAAGCAAAAGAGGCAAACGAGGCAAACGGAGCAAACGGAGCAAACGGAGCAAACGUGACCAACGCGGCGGGCGAAGGCGGGCUGGGAGGCGCUGCCCAGCCGCGCGACGGGGAGGACACCACCUUCCAGAACACCGACGUGAAGCUGGUCACGGACCUCUCCCUGUACAAUGGGUGGAGCCUAUUCAAAGACACAGACGGGAUGAUGGGGCUGGCCGGAAAGGAACUCAGCUGCAGGAAUGUCAGUGCUUGGAACAGCAUCGUGGAGAAAAACAAAUCUCUGUAUGCCCUAGAUGUGAAUUUGCCGGAAGGUUCCGUGAAACCCUUCGUGGAGUCAGCUAGCCAAAAGGACUCCAAAAAAGGGGGUUCAUCCUACGCAAAGUUUGUUCCGAAGAGGGCAAGCAAAAAUAAAGCAGAUGGAGUAGAUGCAUCAGAUGGAGUAGAUGCAUCGGAUGGAGUAGAUGCAUCGGAUGGAGUAGAUGCAUCGGAUGCAGCAGGUGUAGCGGCGGAACCGAGUGAAACCACAUCUGAAAUACAUAUUGGAGAUUAUAAAAAAAACUUUGGACCAAUCGUAUGGUCGGAACCAAGAGAAAGAGGAGGAAUUUUUUCCGAUUCAUUCAUGCAGUUUACCCUGUACAAUUUGGAAGUGUGUGGUAAUAAUAUAUUUGGAAAAUACAGUAGCAAUUGGCAAGGAGUGAUAGACUUGAGUAGCAAGUGUUUGGUUCUACCAAAGAUGUUCUGGUUGAGUUUGAUGGAGUAUCUACCCGUGAACAAAAAUGACGAGAGGUGUAUUCCUAAGAAAAAAGAUGUUAACUUUGAUGAGAGUACCAUACCGAGGAUGUGUUCUGUGGAUGCCAGCAGUAGACCACUACCUGUGUUAAAAUUCUACCUUUCGGAUAACGACAUCGUGAGUGACAAUAACAUAGGAGGAAGGAGUGGUGUCAAUGAACCAUCACUUGGAGACUCCACACAGAAGAAGAACAUACAAGAAGUAAAUAUCCCGUUGGAUAAUCUCAUAAUAAAUGAGGAGGGUCAGAACGACGGCUACCUCUGUGUGUUGCCAGAUGUACAUGAAGGAGUUUCAAGUGAAAAUAGCGGAAGGACCACCAAGCCGUUAAUUAAGUUCGGCACGUAUGUUAUCAAUAAUUUUUAUGUUGUGGUGGAUCAAGAAAAUUAUCGAGUAGGGUUUGCUAACAAGAAAAAUUACCACUACACAAGUGAGAGAUGCACACGGAGGGCUGAGUGUAUAGGGAAUCAGUUUUACGAACCAGCUUUGAAUAUCUGUGUGGACCCUGACUGUUCGAUAUGGUACUUUUACACACUAAAUGAGGAAACAAAGAAAUGUGAAUCCAUUUCGUCCCGCUUCUACGUCUUCCUGCUCAUCAUCCUGCUGCUGCUGCUGCUGGAUAUACAGUCGUACUACUUUUACAGGAAGUCG